AUGGAUAUCCCACUCGCAUCUCCGAUGACUGUUCCGGCCAAAAUCGCUAUCAAGACUGCCUGCGACAUGAACGACAGCAUCAUGUGGUCGAAUUUUUGUUACCGUGUUGCCGGAACCCAAUCGUCCUUUACCUAUCUAGGUACACGGUAUUGCGUUGUUUUGAUUCAUGGCGGGAAGAAGUACUGA